GAAGGUCAAUGUAGCUGUGAAAAAUACAGCCGUAAGUGAGGAAGUAAAUGUAAUUGUUUACAGUGAAUUGUGGUAUUUUCUCUCGCCAAAUGGUCGUAUAAGGAUGGACAGUAAAAAUCCAGGGACUGGAGGCUUAUUUCAUACUGUGGUUCAUUCGAUUGUGCAGUGUUGCAAAAAAUACAUUUGAGCGGUGAGUUCUUGUGAAAUGAUGUCCGUAAAUUUGUGAAUUUUUGGUGACAGCUAAACAUGAAUUCAACGUCGGAUAAGCAGAGCCUGAAAUCUAUUUAUUGUCGGAUAUGCCACGAAGAUGGUAAUACCGAGGAAUUAAUUGAUCCAUGCGAAUGCUCAGGAACAGUUGGUCUCAUUCACACAGGUUGUUUAGAGAAAUGGCUAACAACAUCGAACAGCGCACAAUGUGAAAUAUGCAAGUACGCGUUUUCGAUAAAGAAGAAGGAUAAACCAUUAACGCAGUCAAUCUGGCAAUGGUGGCUAUCAACAAGUGGCAAUGGGCCCCAGGGAAUCUGUGGUGACCUUUUCUGCUUUGUUAUUUUGACACCUCUAUGCGUGGCUGCCACUUAUCUCUGUGCAGUCGGUGCAUCAACUUAUACUCGUAAUGGUUUUUGGGAGGGCACUGGACUCUUCAUACUCUGCUUCAUGCUUGUUGCUACUUACUCUUUAUGGUUCAUUGUCACAAUAAGAUUCCAUUACAAAUCCUGGCGAGACUGGUGUAAUCGUAAUCAGGAUGUGAAACUUCUAGUGAAACAUCGGGUGAUGACGAAUGAUGUACCCCCUGAAUCGGAGAACAAUACCACAAGCAGACAUGUGAAUAUGAUGGAUCAUUACGAUAAUUCAACACUCAAUCCAUUUUUUAUACGAUUUCUUACUCGGUUCGGCUAUCCCUUCCAUGAGAUUAACCAAACUACAUGGGUUUAAUCAUCGAAGAAAACUGAUCUCGAGAAUUUUACUCUUCACAUCUAUCAUGAUUUUCUAUUCUCAUGUCUUUUAAGUUAUUUUAGAAGGAAUUGUUUUGUUGUUUUUAUAU